AUGGCAGACAACAGCCGCGUUGAUAUCAUCUUCAUCGGUGCUGGCGCCGUUGGUUGCUUCUACGCUUCACGCCUUCAUCACCCAUCCCAAAAUAUCCACGUGUCUCUCGUGGCUCGCUCUAACUAUGCUGCUAUUCAAAAAGACGGUGUGAAGCUUCUGACACGAAGUUUUGGUGAUUACACCUUCAACCCCGACGCGGCUUUCCCUUCUGUCGAUGCUGCUGCUGGCACUUCAUCAGGCGCAAAGCGAGACUGGCACUACAUCUUCGUGACAACCAAGGCUCUUCCAGAUAUCAGCGAUGACUCUUCCAUCAUCGAGCCCUUGGUAGGCCCAAAGUCAUGUAUCGUCCUUAUCCAGAAUGGUGUCGGUGUAGAGGAGCCCUUCCGCAAACGCUUCCCUAGUAACCCCAUCGUCAGCGCUGUUACCGUUGUUAGUGCAGAGCAAACCUCUCCUGGUACUAUUCGUCAGAACCGCUGGACGCGCAUCAGCAUCGGACCUUACACAGAUGGUUUAGCCUCGAAGGACUCGGAGCUUGGCCGUCGUGGCACAGAGUCGACUGAAGCACUGCGUCGUUGGUGGACAGAGCUGGGUGGUAUCAAAGACGUGGAUCCCCAUGAUGAAGUCGGUCUUCAGACUGUGCGGUGGCACAAGCUCUGUAUUAACGCAGCCAUGAACCCCUCCGCUGUGCUCUCAGGUGGUCGUGGCAAUGCCGACAUGGUAGCAGAUGACGAGCUCCAGCGACAUCUACUGGGCGUGAUGCACGAGAUUCGAGAUGCUGUGCCCAAGAUCCUCGGCAGACCUUUCCCGGAUAGUAUGGCCAAACCUGAGAAGAUCGUUGAGAGCACAGCCCGCAAUAAGGGCGCAAGGCCGAGCAUGCUUCUGGACUGGGAGGCAGGCAAGCCCUUGGAGCUUGAGGUGAUAUUGGGCAAUCCUGUGAGGAUUGCAAGGGAGAGAGGUGUUGAAAUGCCUAGGUUGCAGAGCUUGUAUGCGCUUUUGAGGUCAGCGCAGGCCAUGAGGAGGAGGGAGCAGACCAAGGGGAAGCUUUGA